AUGAUACCUCGCUUCGUGCUGCAGAAGUGUGGCGCUUACCUCUGUUACCGAGACGGUGGUUCCUGUAAUGCUGCUACUCCUUCCUCCAACGCGUCGUUGCCACCUAUGGCCCAUGCUAUCCCCGUGCCAGUGUCGACCGUCGACCUGGCGGACCCCUCGCUAGACCUCCUUCACGUGCGUGCUUCUCUGCGCGCUCUUGAGCAGGCUAUCGAUAAAGUGAGAGAGCUGCGGGAACUGCGGCGAAAUCACGAUGCUCUGCGCCGCGAAUAUCUUGCCGCCCGUCGGCGUGCCGAUGAUUUAGACCACCAGCUUGCGGAGGCAGCCGACGCUGCGUCACCGUAUGUGCUCUUCAGUCAGCACAAUCCUAACGGCACAGCCAAUCUGGCCAAUCAGAACACGGGUUCAUCGUCAGACUGCGUCGCAGCUUGUCUAGCCAGAUGCUUGCGACGCUCGCACCAGGAGAAGCUAUCAGCGUCGCCCGACAGUCGCCACGGCGAGAUGCUGCUGCUGCCCGUGGAGAUGAGAUACGUUAGCUGCGUGGUGGAGACCAACUUGGUCGUCUUGAGCUCGUUGGCGUGGGCGCGUCUCGGGAGCAGAUUGGGAAACUGGAUCGGGAUCUCCAACAGGCUUCUCAACAAGCACGUCAAGCGGUCUCUCAGCGUGAUGGUGGGGGUAAAAUGUGUCGCUGUGCUGGGACUGCAUCAGGGCGCGCACGCCAUCCUCGUCAACCAGAUCGUCUUCUCUUCUGGAGCUGGGGCGUCAGACUACGAAAGACAACGGGCGCUUCACCGCAAUGAUAUUGAACAUCCCGAUGAUCGCCUGGACGAUGUUUCUACUGGCGACGACCAAGCUAAAGCGUGUUCUGUUGAAGGUGAGCGGGUGUCGGACGAAGCAAAUGGUGCUACUAAAAUUGAUGGUGGAGAAAGUGAGAAAGCAUCGCAAGAAUCCCGUGACAGUUGCAAGCACGUGCUAGAUGAUCGCGAUGAAGAGCUGUACUACGUCCCUAAAAUGAAGAUAUACCACAAGGAUUGGGAAACAUUUGAGGGUUACCUAGAAAAGUACCAGGAGGACAACCACACAGUGGUGAUCAUCAAUGUGUACAGCAUGAUCGCUAAGAUAAAGAAGACAGCCGCUGAGCUCAACGGUCGCCUGAACCCAGCGGAAGGGGGGAGCCGAAAGGGCUCCCAGAAGAUAACAGAGCAGAAUUUUCCUAGUCCAAGACACGUGUACACUUUUCCGGACAAAGUCUCGCUACGCGCGAAAGAAAGCCCCGCAUACUCAGCGGGCCGAUUGGAGAUUUGUUUUGGAAAGCAGAAGACCGAUCUUGACAGCUCCAUGAAUACGAAGCAGUGGAAUCGGUGCUUCGAUUUUAAAGACGAAAAGACGAUGAAUACGGGAGUCGCGUGA